CCGUGAACAUACCAAGAAGGUUUUGGUAGUUGCAGGGAGAAUAAAAUGAAGCAGGAAGAAACAAGAGGAGACCAUCUGCCAUCUGUUGGUAGCCCAGGUAGUAGACCAGCGAUGGCCGCCCGGUUUUCCCCCAACUCUGUAACUCAGCAACCAUCUCCAUUUCCAACUCCUUCACCAUUCUCUGUCCCACCAUCCACCAGGUGGAGCUCUGCAGGGCCUCCAAUCCACCUCUCGGUUCUCGUCCUAAGGUUCUUGGCGCUCCUAUUCUCUUUCAUCUCUGCAGUAGCACUGGCUUCUCCAUCAGCAACCAAGGCUCAUGAUCAUCAUCAUCUUCAUCAGAAUCUACCUUUGAAUUCAGAACUGGUGUACUGCUUGAUUGUGUCGGUUCUGGUCUUCGUCUACUCGGCUCUCCAACUGUUCAAAGGCGUUUGUGACAUGGUGCACAGCGGGAUGCUCAUCUCAGACAAGGUCUCGGAUUACAUGAACUUUCUUCUUGAUCAACUGGCAGUGUACCUUGUGAUAUCUUGUUUAUCAGUUGGGGUAAUAGGGACCAAAAGAAUGGAGGCAUGGUCAACAUCACAGUGGAGUAAGGCUGUCAUUUCGGUAUCAAUGUCUGCUGCAACUUUCAUUGUGAUUGCAGCUUGUGGGCUUCUGUCAGGAUACAAGCUCUGUAAGAGGAUCAUCUGGUGAACCUCUCACCCUUCACUAGUAAUCUGUAUCGGAGAGCUACUCGUAAAUUAACAAUCUCAUCCUGAAUCUCAUCUGGCUUCAUAAGUCCCCCUUUUUUUCAAGUCCAAGCUCAAAUAUUAACUGUGACUUUGGUGAACUAAUCUGGCCUAUUUUAUCCUAUGAUUCAAUAUAUUUUGCCAUAUGAUUUGUUAUGAUAUGUAUCUUUACGUGACCUGAACUCAUUUUUAUGCACCACGGAGCUCAUUCAAUAUCUAUGAUAUGCGGGUUGGAUCCGGUCCUUAAGCCUCUGUUAGCGAACUAACCACUUGGCCCCAAUAACUCGAGUUGUUGGGAAAGUGAUAGUUAAGCCUUUUUAGCCUCUUAUAUACGCCCCCUCAAACGAAAGCCUACCUUUGUCGGGGUUUUUUAUACGGUUUGCACAGGUGAACGUAUCAUUCCUAGUGCUGCCAAACCCAUUAGGCUUUCAGUUUGUACAGGUUGGACAUACCAUUCCUUGUACUAAACCAUUGUUUGCUUAAAUUGGGGGUCGUCAUGAGGAUUCAAAACCAUGACCUUUCGGUUCUAGGCUCUGAUACCAUGUUAGCGAACUAACCACUUGGCUCCAAUAACUCGAGUUGUUGGGAAAGUGAUAGUUAAGCCUUUUUAGCCUCUUAUAGCCUCCUUGUUUAAGGAGGUUCUUAAACCAUUUUUAUUGGCUGAUACUAGAUUAGGUAGUUAACAGGGGUUAGUAGUUAAUAGUUAGUUAGAACAAAUAAGAUAUUAUGAAAAUAUAAUUAAUAUUACUCAUUAAUGAUUCUCUUUCUCUCUCCCCCUUGGUCUUCUCCAUAACCCUCUCUCUCCACUACAAUUAAAAGGAAAUUCAAAAUUAAUUUAAUUAAUUAUUAUUAUCUAAUAUUUAAUAAAUUCGAACUUAAUAUUUUUUAUUUUUUAAAAUGAAAAUUGAAAAUUAAAAUAUAUGCUCUCUCACUUUGUGACAACUUGCAAUACCGUAUUAACAUUUUGCAAUGACAUUAUCAACAUUUAUGAAAUGAAUCGUUAUUAUUAUACCCAGGGUUCAAGAAGGCGCGCCUAGGCGCACGCCUAGGCUCAACUAGGCGCUAGGCGGUGGAGGAUCGCCUUGACUUGGUCAUAGGCGUUGUAAAAGGCGCUGGUAGCGCUUAGUAGGUAGGAAUAGUGCUUAGUUUGCGCCUAGUGGAGAGAAGGCGUGCCUGGGCGUUCUGGGCGAGCUUAAGCGGUUAAACCCAAUACUCUUCGUUUUGUCCUAGAAAAUCAGAAACUUGCCUCUUGCCCUAGAAAAUCAGAAACACGGGAAGUAACAUCUGCUGCCGCCUGCCGCCCUAGCUGUCGCCCCAUCUGCUACCGCCUGCCGCCCUAGCUCUCGCUCCAUUUGCUGCUCUCUGCCACCGCAGGAGAAAGUCAUCGAUCACUCUUCUCGCCUUCACACCGCUCCGCUGCUAUAGUGGGAAAUAAAGUCGAAACUCGUCAAUUGCUGCUCCUUCCUUCUCCUCGGUACGUAGCACAAGCUUCUUGCCUCUAUAAGCACCUAUUAGCAGAUGAUUGGUCACUAUUUACUUGUUAUUUGUUAUGUUAAGUGUUUACGGUUAAGAACUAGGCAUUGCUAAUUUUAUAUGCACUUGGAUUAUAUGAAUUAUUCCAGAAAACAAUAAAUAUUUGAGAAUUUU